AUGGACAGAAGCAUGUGCUGCAUAUUCCGCAAUAUAGACACCGAUACACCUCUGAUAGAUUUAAGAAACAGAAAUGAUUCUAUGGGCUAUAAGGGGAACCGAAAGAAAGAGAGGAAUUUCCCCAAUGGGACGCCCAAUUAUGUAACGCAUGAAGCCAUCAGUAACACAUGCGCAUCGGGAUUCGAUAGAACGGAAUCAAAGAUGGAUAACCAAGGGUCAUGUGCACUUACAAAAAAGAAACUAAUAAAACAGGUGCCGAUACGCGUAGUGAUCAUACUUCGGGAUUAA